AGAAACCCAAAAUUCAUUAAAAAUAAACAAAUGCGUGGAAUUGUGGAUGAGUAGAAGUGGGUUUGCUUCGAUGCCAUUUUGUUUUAAUUGCCGGUAGACUAUGUCGCCGGCAAUCCAUUAUACGUGACCCAGUUCAGAUAUGCUUCCGUUGAAGACAAUCAUCGUGGAUGCGUGUAUUUAUAUUUUUUCACAGAUACCUUAGCACUUUGAUCAACUGCUCGUUUCUCACAAAUUUUACGACUUUCCAAAAAUUCAAACAACAUCUUAGCCCCUUCGUAACAGUGUUGUUCUCCUCCUCCAUCCAGUUUAACGAGCAGAAGUUUCUGCCUUAUUUCAACGAUGGUUAAUAGCUAUCAAGGGUAAUUUAGAUAUUUCAAAGAUUUAGUGGUUGUACCAAGCAAUUUGGGGGCUGUGAAUAGAAUUAUCCAUACUGAUGUUCGUGCUCAUUCUUAGGCUUUUAACGUUCAUUCAAAAGAAGACGAAUGUAGAGAUAGAUGUAUAAUAUUUUUGGCGAAUGCUUCGCAUGCAGCGUCAGAAGUUUUGACUAUUUUUCAAGAAGCUCCAACUUGGAUGACACGCCCUUUCUGGGAGGAUGCAAAUGGAGUAACUAUUUUUGUCCUUUUCCUUUCCGAUGUAUCAAAAAAAAGAGAUAGAUGUAUAAUAUAGGCUUCCGUCAACUCUUAACUUGUCGUCCUCAGUUUAUAAAAUUCCCUUAAUCCCCCCAAUCGCUCGAAGUUGCUCCCUGUUCAUCAAACAUGGCUGCCGAUGGCCCAUGUUUUGACUUGCCGGAAGAAUGCUGGGAUCUGAUAUUUAGGCAUCUCAAUCGCGGCUGGGACCUUGAAUCCCUCUCUUUGGUUUGCAAGCGUUUCUAUACUCUCUCAAACGCUCUCCUGAUCCGAUUAUCGGUGACCGGUCCGAUCAGCAGUGGUACCUUUUCUAAACUCCUAUGCCGUUUCCCCAACCUCGUUUCCCUUAACCUCAGUAAAUGUAAAGGUGAUCUCCGUCCGCUAUUCUCUGAAAUCGAGCGUUUUGCCUCGCUAAUAAACCUUAAAGAACUUGAUAUAUCUAGGCAUCAAAUAGAAUUUGAUCUGUCGAACUAUUCCGGAUUAGUUUUUAAAAAUUUGAAGGUUUUGAAGUGCCGCCGUGUGCCUGUUAUGGGCGACUCUCAUUUGUUUGCUAUAGCUUGUUCUUUUCCUUGUUUAGAAGAGUUAGAUAUUAGUGAUCCAAACAUGGUCUUUCGAUCUGAGAGACAGACCGCAUCUCAACAUAUUGUGACAGAUAAAGGAAUUGAGGCUUUAUCUUCUAGUUUGCUUAAUUUGCGGAAAAUCAGUAUUUCUGGGAAUCAUUUCAUCACUGAUAGCUCCAUUGCAUCCCUAGUUGAUCGUUUGAACCUUGAAAGCAUUGAAAUUUUGGAUUGCCCUUUGAUCACUGCAAAUGCGAUUCUCUCCAUGAUGAGGAAAAGUAUAAGUUUGUGUUCGGUUUCUGCUAGCUGCAUUGUUUUUCCAAGAACCCACUCAUUAGUCUAUCAAAGUUAUUGUCGAACAUUACAUGUGAUUGAUCUAGGAAGCUCAAUAGUCCCAGAUGCUUUUCUAUGUUCGUUAGCUCAUCUUCCAUUAGUUAGGCUGUCUCUUGUGAAUUGUACGACCUUCACAUUGCAAGGGCUUUCAUUCCUUGUUCGUGCGAGUCCAUUACUUCAGUACUUUGCUCUCGGGGAUUCUGAUUUACUCACUGAUAAGGAUAUGGAGAUCUUGUCCGUGUACCUACACAGUCUAGUCACUAUCAAGUUAAAUUCUUGUAGUGGAUUGACAAUCUCAACAAUCUCUGCUCUUGUAAGAAAUUGCCAUUUACUAGAAGAGAUUCACAUGGAGAACGCUGGAUUGGGAAGAAAUGACAUCACACUCCAUUGCUCCAAAAGCUCGAGUCUCAAGACUCUCAAAUUGGGAUGGAAUGAUGAUAUCACUAACGAAUGCCUUUUAAAAAUUGCUUGCAUAUGCCCGAAGCUAGAGGAACUUGAUGUUUCCGCUUGCGCGGGUAUAUCUGAAGAAGGGAUUGCUAAUGCUCUCCAUAUUUGUCCUGAUAUCAAAAGCUUAGGAAUUGAUUUCUGUUCAGGGAUCCAAAGUAUUGGUUAUGGAUGUGAGUUACCAAAACUAGAGGUUCUAAGUGCCGCUUACUCUGCAGUCAGUAACAAAGGUCUUCAAAUGGUGGGGAUCAGAUGCUCUGGGCUCCAAAAAUUGGUUCUUCAGGGCUGCUUAGAAGUUACGAGUUCUGGAGUGGAGGACUUAGGGAAAACGUGUAGAAGAUUGCGCGAAAUUGAUUUGGGCAGGUGUGACUAUGUUGAUGUCAGAGCUGUUGAACGGAUUAUCUUGUCUUGCCAGACACUUAGAAGAGUAACAUCUCCUUCUGACCUGUCUGAAAAGUUGAAAAGGAUCUUCUUGCAGCAUGGAUGUCUCAUUCGUGAUUUGUUGCUGUAGUUGCAAUGUUUUGCUUUUGUUUGGUUCGUUUGUUUAUUAUGGUUCUGUUUUUUUAUGGGGGGGGGUCCUAAGCUUGUAGGUAUCCCAAUGUGAUGAUGUUGGCAAUAAGAAAGUGAUAUAGAGUAUGUGAUUAUUGUUCUGGUUUUUAGAUUACACAUUAACAUUUUAUCUAAAGACUCACUAUAUUUUGGCUUGGAUUUAUGAUGGAAUAAAGUAAAAUAUUUAACUAAAUUGUUUGCGUUUCUUUAUUAUGAACAACAGUCGGUCUCUGCAAUUUUUGACGUGACUUUCACUCGAGUUAUUGUGCACAUCUGACUCUCCCAUACUUUACGCUCAUGACUUGGAAAAACUCUGGGGAUUUUAGGAACUCGCAAGGCCAAAAAAGGCAGAAGGCAGUUCAUGUGGGAUUGUGAUCUUCUGCCGCACGGCAGAGUGCCUUGCCGUAGGUGGAUCGUCCGAUGAGGAAGAUGAAGCUUUGAGAUGUGAGCCGCGAGAUCUCUGGUCGUUUGAAGAUUUGAUCUGACGACUCCAAAUGGUCGGGCACCAUGCCUUGCUCUUAAGCAAGACAAAGACUCCGGAUCUGUUCAUGUGAAGGCCGUUGAGUAAGCUUGGAAUUGGUUGUACUGUGUGGGGUUAGGUUAGUUGUAAUCAGGGGUCCAAAGGGGGAGUUUGGAACGAUUGCAUGGUUAAGGGCUGGUUUGCAAUCACUUUAAAAAAACACUUCUCAGCUUUUGGCUUUAAAAAACACUUCUUUUACCAAACACUACAACUUUUAUUUUUCUCGGCUUUCGUGUCAAAAGUGCUUUUACUUUUUCUAUUACACAAAAAGCACUUAUUUUACCAAACACUGUCAACUUUUACUUUUCAAAAUCACUUUUUUCUCAAACACUAUCAACUUUUAUUUAAGCAGUGUUUGCGGUUGCUUAAAAAAGCGCUUUUCAGCUUUUGGCUUAAAAAAAGCUAAAAAGAGUGUUUUCAAAUGACAGCUUCUGCUUAAUUUAUUUAAUCACUUAAAAGCUAAAAACUGGAACCAGGUGGAAGGGUGCUUUAAACUGCUUUUCACUUUUUCUAUUACACAAAAAGUACUUAUUUUACCAAACAUUACCAAUUUUUACUUUUUCAGAAUCACUUUUUUCUCAAACACUACCAACUUUUACUAUUAAUCACUUUUCCCAAAAUCACUUUAAAAAAUCACUUUUUUUAAAGUUGAAGCAAUUGCAAACACUUCCUUAAUCACUUCUCUCCAUUUCAUUAAAAAAACACUUUUUUAAAGUAGAAGCUGUUGCAAACAAAUCCUAACUGUAGUCAUGAUCUCAUGGACAGGGUUUGGUUCCAAGUCCUGGAUUAGCCAGUCCUAAAAAAUUUGCAAGGUUUGUGAAUCGGACUUGUAUUUCCGAUGGUGGUUCACCCACCGUCCCGGUUUAUUUAUUUAUUUAUUUAUUUAUUUAUUUAUUUAUUUAUUUAUUUAUUUAUUUAUUUAUUUAUUUAUUUAUUUAUUUAUUUAUUUAUUUAUUUAUUUGUAUAUAUCUUUAAUAAACCAUCCAUCUGUCCAUCCCCUCAACACCCUCUCCCCACUAGGGCUGGAUUCGGGCCGGGUCGGGUCCGGGCCUAAACCCGGGCGGGCCGCCAGUUCUGAAUAGUUAGGCCCGGGACCGGCCCGGGAAGCUACCGGGUCGGGUUCGGGCCGGGCCGGGCCGGGCCUCGGGUUUUUUUUUUUUUUUUGCUUUCCUAAGUAUCCCUGACCCCCCCCCCCUCAUCCCCCACCCCCCAAACCCCUCCUAAACAUCAAGCCCAACCCGGGUGGAACCCAAAAAAAUGAAGGAAAAAAAAUCAAUUUGGCCCGAACCGGGCCGGGCCUCCUUUUCCCUGACCCGAGUCUGCCCCGCUUUUCCUAGCUAACGGCCUUUAGACCGGUUUGGGGCCCGCAGCACCGGACCGGUCCCGCACAGUAGCUGGCCGGGCCAGGCCCGUUCCCGGGCCGGGUGGCCCGAACCGAAUCCAGGACCACUCCCCACCCUCUAUAUCCACCUUUUUUGAGCUUUUAAAUGGACCACCCGUCCUUUUAAUACAAAGAAGGGGUCGGCAUCAUGCUAGGACCAGUCGGUCCUGAUCCCAAAAGGCGAGGCUUAGUAGUGGUGCUAAAACUGGUUUGUCUCGACUCGAUCAUGGGACUGGGACCUUGUCCUCCAAUUGUUGACUGCGAAUGAAUGUUGAUGUCAGUGGCUCUACACUGGAAAGGCACUUUGGACCGCUACUGGUGGUUAUGUGUGUUUAAGUUGCACAUUCAGUACUUUUAUUGUUUGGAUUUUUGCUUGUUUUUGUUAGGCAUGUUGAACUAUUGUGUUGGCUGAUUUUUGCCCUUUUGAACUAAUGGUUCAAAGGAGGGGAGGAAAGGGGAGGAUCAAGGAGGGAAGAGAAGGGAAGGGGGGAUGGAUUUUGAUAAAAAUUUGUGUUUGGUUGGAGGGUAUAAGAGGAAAAGAUUAGGAUGUUUUUACUUGGACUGUAAUUUGCUGGUCUGGUUUGUUUGUAUUUUGCAACUAUCCAAGUCUUGUUUAAUCUGGUCUGAGACGAAUAAAAACAUCCAUAGUGAAAAUAUUGUCUCAAUUUACCUUUAUUUGAUAACUUACUUAAAAAAUAGAUACAUCUCUAACUAUUGUAAAUAUUACUCCUUAGUUCAUGAGUCAUAAUAUUUUUUUUAUUGAUUUUUUACCUUUUUUUUAUUUUUUAAUCUUUUAAUAUUUUAAUUUUUAAAUUUUUAAUUUUUUUAAUUAUUUUACUUUUUUUAUAUUUUAACGUUUUUGCCACUCCCUGUAGGAGAUGGAACGUUUGUGAUUAUUAACAAGUUUCCUCCGAAAUAUCCCAAUUUGGGGGGUUUAGAAUGGAAGAAAGUGGGAGAUUUUGGAAGUCUUCCACUUUCCUCCCCUUCCCUCCUAUUUCCAUUUUCCUUCAAUCAAAUACACACAAAUCACUCACUUCCCUCACUAUUCCUCCAAAAUCCUCCAACCAAGCAGGGCCUAAUGGUAUUGGUGUGUGAGACUAGAGAAAAUGAGGGGCUUGGCCGGAGUCUUAAUUUUGGUGUCAGGUGCUCUAUGCAGUGAAGCUGUGAAUCGUUCCGCUGACUGGAUUUAUGCCUGUUUUAUGUUAGUUACGAUUCAAUUUAAGAUUCAUUGUUAGAUAUGAAUAUAUGAUUGACUUGCCAUCACAAGAUUUAUUCCUAUUUGUGGUCACAAAUGCAUUUUGUUCUGUAUUAUUUUGCCUAAUUGUUGAGAUGCCACUAUGUCAGUAGUAGCUAUGAGCUUUCAGAACAUACAACUGUACAACUCUCGAUCACACAUUGAUGGGUAUCAUUGCG